AUGGCAGCUGUUGGGGACGAAUACAUGCACAGCAUGAUUGCAGCCAUGGGUUCAUACGCAGCUACAAAGGAUAAUCGACUUAACGAUUUCGGCCAAAUUGUUUACGCAUCUUCAGUCUUCGGUAAGGUCAUGGGCAAUGGAUUUGUUCCUAGCCCUGAUUACUGGAAGCAAAAUUUGGAAUCUCCCGUGUUAUUCACCCAGGCCGUAGAGAGUCUGCUGAUGGACGUUAAACUGAAGCUAAACACGAUAAUCGAAAUUGGUCCCCAUUCGGCACUCGAAGGUCCCAUACGCCAUAUACGCGAUAAGCUCAACAGGAACGCGAAAGAAUUGGAUUACAUGGCCUCACUUGUCCGGGGUGAAAAUGCUACUACCCGGCUGCUAAGUGUUGCCGGAAGGCUGUUCGUCAAAGGAUACAACGUUGAUCUCGAGGCCGUCAACGCCAUUGAACGCAACGAGGGUGACAUCAUCAAAAGAGUUGUUGGGAAACCUCUGGUAGACCUGCCACGGUAUAACUGGAAUUAUAAGAAGGGAACAAACCUCAGAGCCGAGAAUCGCCUCAAUGCCGAGUACCGUCUUCGCAAAUUUCCCCGUCACGAUCUUCUUGGCGCAAGGGUUGUGGGAACAAUCCGUAGCCAGAUGCAAUGGAGAAACCUGCUUGACGUAAGUGAUCUUCCAUGGCUUGAACACCAUUGCUUGGGGCCCCAACCGGUGCUUCCCGGCAUGGCGUACCCUUGCAUCGCUGUUGAAGCAGCUCGACAAUUCUUCAGCGAGUUUCGCCCCCUUGAAGGGAACUUUUGCUACGUCAUUCCGCAACUCACGGUGAAGGCUCCUCUCAACCUUCCACCGACUGGAACCACGAUUGAGAUAAUGACGAGCAUGCAAUUUCAGCAACUUUCGAAUUCUUCUCUUUCAAGGUCCGUAGCCAGUUGGAACAUUCAAACCUACGCAAAAGGCCUAUGGACAGAUGUGGCGUUCGGGACAAUAAAGAUUACUGAAGACCAACUGGAACUUCCAUUACUUUUUGACGAAGCGACAGUUCAAGAGCCCAAAGACACACAAAUCUGGUAUGAUCGGUUCGCUAGUGUGUCUCUGAAUUACGGACCUGCCUUCCGUGGAUUAUCUGAUCUCCGUGUUAGUCCCUCCAGGAACACCACGACCGCACUGACUAAGCUCCUGCCAGUGGGAGCCAAUCCUAACGACACCGCUUAUCUUGUCCAUCCAGCCACCUUGGAUACCGGAGUGCAAGCUGUGCUCAUCGCACAAUCACAAGGCUCUCCAAAGAAUAUGAAGCAGUCGCACCUUCCAGUCAGCAUGGUGAACGUCACAUUCUGGUCAUAUAGCGGCGGCCAAAUUCUGUCUGCUCGACCAGAGGAAGGAAGAUUACUGGCUCGUGGGGAACGAACCAGUCUCAGACAAAUCAAUACCGGGUUCCAGCUUCUAGAUCUCAAUGGCAAGCCCCUGUUCUCUUUGGAGUCCAUGGAUAUGAUAGCUUAUGCCGAGGCUCCCAGCUCAGUUUCAAACAAUGAUCGCCAUCCUUCGAUGCGCAUCCUUUGGAAGCCGGAUGUUGAUUGUAUCAAUGGAAACUUGCCGGACAAUAUCUUUGAGGGUCUAUGUACGAAGUGGGCACUUGCCAGUGGCCCUUCGGCAGGUGAGGAAGCCCUCGAUCCUUUAUUUACGAGGACUCUCGAUCUCGUUGCACACAAACAGUCUGGCUUGAAUAUUGCGCUCUUUGCUCGCAGCAGUACAGAUGUUGCGACCAUAAUCGAGAAAAACCUCGGGGGCAAGUCGUCGCUCAAGCGGUACCGCACUUUGGUUGUUAUGGUAUCCGACGACGAUGACUUGCCUAUCCUAACCGAAACGUGCAAAGAAUUCCGCCAAGUUUCGGUCCGGAAAUGGAGUGUCGAAGAAGAUGCGAAAUUUGAUUUGAUAGCACUUCCGCAAGCGUCCUCCAUCCCAGAUCCUGUCGGCCUCCUUACAACCUUGAAGAAAAACAUCAUUCCAGACGGACGGCUACUCAUUAGCAAUGGACAUCAUGUAGAAGGAGACAUGGCCCGGCCAGUGCUUGGCGCUACAGCUGCCUACCCUUCUGCGCCUAUGCCCUACAACUACUCGCCUUUUGAGCUCUGGACAAGAAGUCUUCAAGAACAGGAUAUUUCCACUGACAUCACGCAAUCUACGUCAUCUGGAUGGACAAUUCUCUCUGCAAAGCCAAAGGUCGAUGUCAAAGUCUCCAAUGUGAUCAUUCUUUCUCGUCAUGGCGGCUCCGAGGCUGCGAAAACGUUUGGGUCGGCUUUUACCAAUGCUUCAGUGGCUGUUACAUACACCGACUUGAACAACCCUAAUUUCGUACCAACAACUGACGCUCUGUACGUAUCCGUGGUUGAGUUUGGCGAAAACAUCUUCAAUUCCCUUUGUGCUACCGAGCUGAAAACUUUGCAACUUAUCGCCGCAACUGCGUCUACCGUUUUCUGGACAACGACAGGCAACUUACUUGCGGGUGCAAAUCCCCAUGCUGCCGCAGUCUUAGGUCUUAGCCGAGUCUUGCAAAGUGAGUACCCACGAUUGCACUUCAUCACCAUCGACCUGGACCAUGAAAACAUCGAGUUGGGUGCUGCUCAGACUCUAGACAUCAUAGGGGCUUUUGACCCGAAAUCGGGCUACCAGGACACAGAGUACAUCAUCCAAGAUGGUAUUCGCCAUGUCAGCAGACUUUCCGAGGAUAGGACCCUUGAUGAUCUGUACAUGACGAAAGCGAGAAAAGAGCUUGUCCAAAAGCCAGUCGACUCGGAGCAACCAGUUCGUUUGGCAAUCGACAAGGUCGGCCUCUUCGAUACCUUGCAUUUCGUCCCAUAUAGUCUUGAUACCACGCUCGAGGAAGGUGAAGCUGAGGUGGAGGUCAAAUCUACCAGCUUGAACAUGAAGGAAUGGGCAACCUUUCGUGGUCAUUACCACUCGACAUCACUUUGCCAAGAAGGAUGUGGUGUAGUUCGCCGCAUCUCACCAGGCAUUUCUAAUGUCGCUGUUGGCGAUCGUGUGUGCUGGGUAUAUCCUGGAGAAUUCAGCAACAUCAGGCGCAUUCCUGCUGAGCUCAUCUUAAAGAUCCCCGAAGCGGACACUUUUGAGCAAGUUGUCGGUCUUCCUUUGGCGUUCUGCACGGCAGUCUACGGUCUCAUUCACUUAGGACGCCUUCGACGUGGUGAGAAAGUUCUAAUUCACAGCGCCACCGGUGGUGUUGGUCUCGCAGCCGUUCAGAUCGCCAAGCUUCUCCAAGCAGAGAUUUUCGUCACAGUCAGUACCGACGCCGAGAGGUCCUUUCUUGUUAAGCACCAUGUUCUCCAAUUCUACCAGGAUGGCAUGAUUACUCCACACAUGCCGCUUCACCAGUACAGUGCUGGUGACAUCGCCACUGCUUUUGAGCAUUUUGGUGAUGCAGACAGAAUGGGUAAAGUAGUCGUCAGCUUCGACAAGAAGCCUAUUGAAGUAAGCACGUCAGACGAGUACACUAUGCCAGGAGUAGCUGACGCAAAUCAGGUUCUACCCAAGACAGUCACUGCUCGAUUUAGAAGUGAUGGCACUUAUCUCCUAGCUGGAUGCCUCGGUGGUCUAGGGAGAGUGAUUUCUCGUUGGCUGAUCGACAACGGCGCCCGCAAUCUGACCUUUAUCGGUCGUUCUGGCGCUGAGAGUAAGGAGGCAUCAGCAUUUGUUGCGGAUCUUCGAGACCUUAACAUCGUUGUGCACGUUAUACGUGGAGAUGUAAGUGUCAAAGAAGAUGUUGAACGCGCUGUCGCUGCUUCUGGUCUUCCAGUCCUUGGCACCAUUCAAGCAGCAAUGGCAGUCCAAGAUACCCCUUUCGGGGAGCUCGACAUCAAUAAGUGGAACUACGCUCUCAAACCCAAAGUGCAAGGCACCAUCAACCUUCAUGAAGCACUCAUGGAGCAACCGCUGGAUUUCUUUGUUAUGCUCUCAUCCGUCUCCGCAAUCGCAGGUACCCCAACUCAAUCGAGUUACUGCGCUGCAAACACCUUUCUCGACUUCUUUGCCCGUCACCGGAGACAACAAGGUCUUCCGGCAACAACGAUCGUUUUACCCGCAAUAUCUGAGGUUGGCUUCCUCUCACAGAUACAAAGAGUUACAGACAACCUGAAUUCACAUGGCAUCAAUGACAUCAACGAGGAAGAGUUCAUUGAUCUCAUGUCAAUUGCAUUCUUGCCUUCUCCGAAACCAUCGUGGAUCGGAGAUGAGUCCGCCGACUCCUUACUUGUCACAGGAUGGGAGCCAACCAAGACCUCCGUCGAUAUCGAGGCCAGUCAGCCCCGCUAUUGGCGCAAUCCUCGAGUUAGCCUUGCUCUAGCAUCGCCUGAAGAUAAUGUCUUGUCAUCGGGAAACAAAGCUCAGAGCGAUUCACCCACAUACGACCAUCAAUCUGUUCUUGAGGCAGUGCUCAACAAGUUCUCAAAGGUCUACUCGAUUGAUAUUGGGGAUAUCGACGACAUCAAGCCGCUCGUUGAGUUUGGAAUGGACUCUAUGACAGGUAUUGCACUUCGCAACUGGGUUUAUGCUACCUUUGGUAUCGAUGUUCCAACCAAGGUCUCACAAAGAAGAUUCUUGCAGGUCUAUAGUGUCUUGAUCGCGACUGAAGUAGUUAACCUAGCUUAUUGUUGUUUUAUCUGGCUUAACCUUACACAAUGUUUUCCUUGUCCAGCACCUAUUUGUGUUUUCAAAGCCCAUAUUCAGCACAUUGAUAGAAUUUCAAACACAAUGGUGCCCACAAAUAUUACUCUCACUCUGUCAAAGGACUAUCCAACAUGA